AUGGACGGGACUCUGUCAGAGUUACUGGCGACUUUCAUGGAGUCGCCGCUGGUGGUGUGGGUGAGGACGCUGGGUCCUCUGGGUUCGUGUGAUGACGCCGGUCCAGAGGAGCGUGUCAACAUGUUCAUGGAGCUGGUGGACGGCGUCUUCCUGCAUAAGAUCAUGACCCACAUUGACCCCAGCCCAACCAAUCAGAGGUUGAACAAGAACGUGAACAACGACGUGUCUCUUCGCUUGUACAACUUGACCGUUCUCACCAGACACAUCAGGACGUACUACCAGGAGACCCUACAACAGUUAAUAGUCAUGCCCCUUCCUAACAUCCUCUGCAUCGCCAAGGAUCCCAUAUCAGCUAACAGCAUGGAACAGCUGAAAAGACUUUUGUUACUGAUACUCGGCUGUGCUGUCCAGUGUGAGCGUAAGGAGGAGAUGAUAGAGAAGAUCAAGCUGCUGGACAUUGAGACCCAAGCUGCCAUCGUCUCUCACAUCCAGGAGGUGACCCACAACCAGCUGAAUGUUCUGGACCUGUCUUGGCUGGAGGAAGGAUCGGAGCUGGACCAAGAAGAGCUGGAGCCUCUGUCCCGCAACAUGGCUGCGUCGCUACAGCAACUGAUUGACCAGAGAGACAAAGCCAGUGAGGUGAUUGUUGAUCUGACCCAAGAGAGGGACUACCUGUCCAGUCAACAGCCCCAGGAAGGAUGCAGAAAACUGGGCACGAGCAGCCCAGUGCGAGGGAAGACUUCUGAAAUAGUGGGAGUAAAUAACAGUGGCUCGUAUGCGGCAGUGGCUGGGCUCACCAAGGAGGAGAAGCAACAUCUGUCCGUGGAGCUUGCUGACACCAAAGCCAAGCUUCGCAGAUACAGACAAGAGCUGGAGGAGAAGACAGAGCAGCUGAUGGAUUCAAAACAUGAAGUAGAGCGUCUGGAUCAGGAAUUACAGAGACAGAAACAAGAGAACCAGUCGUUGUCAUGUGAGGCUCGUUCGGUCCGAGUGUACCGGGACGAAGUGGACUCGCUGAGGGAAAAAGCAGCCCGGGUGGACCGCUUGGAGACUGAACUGUCCAGGUGUAAAGAGAAGCUCAAUGAUGUCCACUUCUACAAGACCAGAAUGGAGGAGCUUCGCGAGGACAACCUGACUCUCAUGGAGACAAAGGUGCUGUUGGAGGAGCAGCUCUCCGCCUCCAGGGGGCGCUGUGAUAAACUGCACACACUGGAGAAAGACAACCUGUUACUUCGAGCUAAAAUACACGACCUUGAAAUGGAGAGGGACGGUGAACGCCGGCGGUUGGAGGAGCUGGUGGAGGAGAACAUGCUGCUGGAGAUCGGACAGAAACAGAGUAUGAACGAGUCUGCUCAUUUGGGCUGGGAGCUGGAGCAGCUGACCAAGAACCAUGACAACACUAACACAGACCCUCGGAAGUCGUUGGUCCAUGAGCUGAAUGAGUGUGUUUCCAGUCGGGUGUUAAAGCUGGAAAAGGAGAACCGCGAGCUUCAGGCCUCCAUAGACGGACUGAAAGAGGACAACCAGCUCCUGCAGGAGCAGCAGCUCCACACCCAGGAGCGAGACAGGGAGAACCAAGGCCUCAGCAAGAAGUUGGACCGUCUCCAGGGUUUAUUGGACCAGGAGAGACUGACCAAUCAGGACAUGGAGUCUCUGGGAGAGGAAUUAUUGAAGGAAAAACAGAGUCUGGAGAGAGAGAUGUAUACCCUGAGGGCAGAGAAAGACAGACAGAUCUCUGAGUUAGAGAGCGAGAAGCAGCACCUCUCUGACGCCGUGGCGUCCCUGCAAGAGCGCGCUCAGUCAAACAACGAGUCAAGGGUCCGCGAGGUGGAAACAGAGAACCGCCUCCUUCACCAGAGCAUCACAGACACCAGCUCCCGAUUGGCUAGCUUAGAAACCCAACUCAAAGUAUCCAGUGAGGAUGCAGAGAGACUGAGGGAGAAGGCGGGGCGCUGUGAGGAGGUGGAGCGGGAGGCGGCGAGGCUGGAGAGGAGCAGGGACGCCCUGAACAGAGAGGUGGCUUCUCUGCGUGCAUGCAGCGAGCGGUCCGAGUCUUUGGAGAAGCAGAUGACCUCCCUGGAGCAGGAGGUGCACAGGCUGAAGCGGGAGGCAGAGGAGGCUCAGAGGGAGCAGCAGCGAUUGGGGAGGUACGAGGCGGACAACAGCCUGCUGUCGAAGGAGAACUUGGAUUUGCGCUGCUCCCUGGAAAACCUGCGCUCUUCGUCUACCCGCCUGGCCACCCUCCAGGAGGAGCAUAAAGAGGCACAGAGAGAGGUGCAGGAUCUGCAGAGAAGGCUUGAAGAGACCCAAGAGGAGGCACAAGUACAAAGGAAGAGGGCUGAGAGGCUCGAGCUAAACGUGGCAGCCCAGAACCAGGAGAAGCAUCGCUUGGAAGAGGAAGUACAGAGGUCCAGAGAGGAGAGGGAAGACGAGGAGAGACAAAGGCAGGACACCCAGGCCAGAGAAGAGGAACUGAGAAGGGAAGUAAGUGAGCUGAGGGAAGAGCGGAGAAGGAGGGAGGAAGUUGAAGAGGAGAGGAGGAAGCUUCAACUGGACUUGGAGCAGUCAGAGAAGAGCAGGAAGUACCUGGAGAAGGAGAGUUGGAGGAUCAGAACGCUGCUGGAGGGGAAAGAGACUGAGCUGGAGGAGAAAGCCAGGCAAUUGACCACUGUGAAGAAAGAGGGCGCGGCUCUGGUUAAGGAAGUGGAUAGGCUGAAGGAGGUGUCCGUCAAAGCCAAGGAGUUGGAAAGGGAGAACAAGGAGCUGCAGAAACAGGCGACUAUCAACAAGAAGACUCUGGCCACUCUGAGAGAGGAGUUGGUGUCCGAGAAGCUGAGCGUUCAGCAACAGAGCGUUGAGUUAGAGCGACUCGAUCAAGAGCUGGAGAAAAUCGGGCACCACAAAGAAAAACUAUUACAGCAAGAGCACACCCUGGAGGACAGCAAGUACAAGCUGCUGGAGUCUCGGCUGGAAGAGACGGUCCAACAGACGUUGAAGAUUAAAGAGGAGAAAAUCUCCUGUCUGGAGAAGAAACUGGAAGAGAGCCGCACACUAAACACUACGCUACGUGCUAAGCUAACCCCCGGGGAAGAAAACCACAACUACCAGCAGUGCUCGGGAGGCAACCAGGGUCAAGAGUCAGCCACUAUUGAACUGCUCCGAAUCAAAGAUCAUCUCAUUGAUGUUGAAAAGAAUAAUGCCUCACUGCAGACAGAGAGCAGUCUACUGAGGGUGCAGCUCAAACAGCUGGAAAACCAGAACACGUCUCUUAACAACCAGAUGAUGGGGCAACAGCGACACACCACCACCCUGCAGGAGCAGAACGCUGUCUUACAUACGCAGACUGCAAAACUACAGGUGGAGAACUCCACACUCUCCUCCCAGAGUGCAUCGCUUAUGGCCCAAAAUGCUGUGCUGCAGGGCCAAGUCACUGCCUUGGAGUCAGAGAUGGAAUCGUGGCAGAGGCAACGCGAGGAGGCAUGGCGAGCCAGAGAGAGCGUGCUCAGCGACCACGAGCGCCUGCUGAGCGUGCACGAGAGGCAAGCGCACGAGUACGAGCAGCUCAUCAGCCAGCACGCUGCGCUUAAGAGCAAGCAGAGGGCGGUGGAGAGCGAGCACCGCGCGCUGCACAGCAAGCAUUGUACUUUGCUGCAGCAGAAGGAGAAAUGGGAGGAGCAGGAGAGGCACGGACGGAAGGAGAAAGAGGAACUGAACCAGGAGAUCCAAAAGAGUCGUCUUCUACAACAAGAGAAUCUACAGCUUAAAACAGAAGUGGACAGGUUAAUAGAGAGACAAUUGCAGCAGUCAGAGCAAUGUGAGGGGCUGCAGCAGCGCAUAAACGAAUACAAGAGUUCUUUGGGCUCUGCCCAGAUGGAAGAGCGUCAAUGGAUGGCCCAAUAUGAUUCACUAAUGGAGAAACACCAGGGCCUGGAUCUAACCAUGACCAAACUAGAUAACCACUGUGAGCUGUUGAGCCGCUUGAAAGGGAACCUGGAAGAGGAGAACCACCACCUCCUGAGUCAGAUCAACCUGUUGAGUCAGCAGAACCACACUCUACUAGAGAGGAGCAUGGAGAGCAAAGAGCUGUAUCACCAGGAGCAGAAACUCUACAUUGAUAAGCUGAAUGCUCUACGUCGCCAGAAAGAGAAGCUAGAAGAGAAGAUCAUGGACCAGUACAAGUUCUACGACCCCACACCUAAAAAGAGGAGUCAGUGGUCCGGAGCUAAAGCUUUAGCCAAACUGAUUAAACCCCGAAAGGAGAGCAGCAGGGAGAGGCGGCCCGACUGCGACAAGGAGGGAGGCAAAGAAAGAGACAGAGCAAAGAGCGCCCCAGACAUUCCGCUGCCUUCCCUGCCCCCUCUCCUCCCCCCUGAAACCCCACCUCCCCUUCCCCAGCGCACAGGAAGUGACACGCCGGACAGCAGCCAGCUCCAUAGUAACCAUAACAACCACAUCGGCAGCACCGGUCUGGGACCUCAGAGUCCAGCACUUACACCUAUCGUACGAGGGUUGGCUGACAGGGGCCGUGGCGUUUACCGCAGCAGUACGCCAGGGGGCAGCAGUGACAGUGUCAAUGGAGACGAUGGACUUGGACAAGGUCAGACUCAUGCAGCUCUGAGCUCAACUCCCAGACAUCCAUCACCCUCAUUGGGCCCAACUAGCAGCUCCAGACAGGGACAAGGCCUCAGCCGCAGGACUAGAGGUCUAUUAUUUGAUGAAGACUCUCGCCACAACUCCACUGACUCCGUGUCUGGUCAACAUGGCAACGGGGGAGGACGCCCAGGGUCUGCAGACUUCAGCCACAACACCUCCAGCUCCAACUCGCCUGUCAACGGCAGAGACUCAGCAGAUCGUCAGGCUCGCUCAGCCAGCAUCUCUAGUGAUGACGUCAUGGGUCUGAGCCAAUCACAACUGACACUGUCACGUAGCUCCACCCUACCAUACGACCACGCACCACAGAGAGCCCAACCGCAACGAGAAGGCGGGGUUAGGACAAAGACCCGCCCAUCAUCCCCUGGAAGUGAGAUGGUGUCGCUGGAACAGUUUCUACAAGAGAGCAACCAAAAGUCCCCUCCUAUGGUGUCAACAGGAAGCAAGGAGGACUUAAUGACGGAUUAUUUCACCAGAAGUCCCGCCUCCAUGGCUCCCGCUGGUAGAGAUCAGGUGACCCCCACCAGCUAUGUCACGCCCACUGUGCAGUCGUCCAACCAGAGGCCAGGCCAGAGCGUCAAACCCUCGCCCCGGCAGCCUGUAGGCCAAUCCCCGGUCUCCGGCCAGCUCGUCACCCAAAGAAGCAGCCAAUCACUGAGCAGGGCUUUCAGCCUCGCCUCAGCUGAUCUCCUGCGCUCCAACGGGCCAGACGGUUUCCGUGGAAAUGAAGGCCAAUCAGAUGUGGUCAUUCGGAGACAAGGCGGGGGGGCUAGUGCAAGAGAGCGUCCGCUCUCUGCUCGACUGGCUGGCCCGACCAAUCAGCAUGGAGAGGGCAGCUUCUUGAAUCCGCCUAUUCAUCAUUCGUCCUCUCUCAACCUGCAAACAGAGAGGCAAGCAGAGAGAGAAAGAGAGCGAGGAAGGACACCCGUCUCUCGAAACGGCCCCACCUCGUCCACUACCUACCACCACCGCGGAGAGGUCGCCAUGGUAACCCCAGUCAGGGCUGUGCCAGCAACGCGGCCUGACGAAGCCUCUGAGCUCGGGGAGGUGUUAAUGGAGGGGCAGUUGGGUGACUCCUCCCACUUAAAUAAAGAAAGCGAGACGGCGGGGUGUGUCUCUGUGGAACGCCCAAAGAGCACGCCUGCUUCCCCUGACCCCAACGACGACCCUCAGACUGUGUGGUACGAGUACGGCUGCGUCUAAACACUGACUCUAAUGAACCUCCCUGGGUGUGGCUGUGUCUAAAGACAGAAACCAAAUGCUCAGACUACAGUCUGCUGUGGCUGAAUCCAAACCCGAGCAGUCUGUCUCUGAACUGCGUUUUGUACCGUGGCAUGCAUUGUGGAUAAGAGAUCAAUCGUUGAUAAUCUUCCUUAGCAUUCAGACAUGAACGCCGCUACACUAUAGACGCUCUCUGAGAUGGCUGCAAUUCAUUUGUCUGCUGUUUUAUUAUCGCCCCUGUUUUUAAAUUUAAAUUUAAAUGGAAAUCUGAAGUCUCACAAUCCAGCACACGUAAAACCUACACGAGUUCGCGUCCUCGAUGCAGAAUACUGAAUGGCUUGGUCUAUGAGCUGGAACUCUUUUGACCUUUUGGCCCCUGAGAAGGUUUACCUGGAGGCCAGAGAACAGAUCUUCCUCACCGAGAGAAGUGGUUUGACUGAAGCGAAGGCGACUAGAAGCACCAGAACGACUGAAUGUAUUAGAUUUCUCCUCCUCUGUUAUCCUGAACAAACACUGGAAAAGAGGAGAGAGAGUAGGAAUGGACUUGAGGGGAUUGAAGCAGAGACUGUCGAUGCAGAAAGGCGGGGAAAGGUGAAGAGCCAGAAUUAAUCAGGAGGAUGGAUAGAUAAACCGGGCCGGAGGGGAGGUGCUCAUCCCAGUUAAACUACAGUCUUCUCUCUCCAUCUUUUAGAUUAUGUCCCAGCAUGCAACACUCUUAACACUUUACUGGAAAUGUUGCACAUUGUGAACCAACAGUAGUUUUACUUACACACACACACACACACAUGGAUACAUAAUGAUAUACACAGACAGAGAGGAGCUGUCCUUCAGGGGCUUGGUUGUUGAGUUGGACUUUGUUUACACACACACACCACUGGGUAAACCACUGGGUUUUGGUAUGGUGAAGUGCCCACUGCACAGGGAGACACUGGGAUCGGGAGAGUUACUCUGCACUUUGGCAAUAGAGGUUUUAUGAUGACUGAAAGUGUUUGUUUGUAAACAUGAUUGUGUUCUCAUGCUAUGAUGGUGAAUCAUGUUGUGCUCCUUUCACUCAGUCCGACGCUUCGAUCCACAAUGGAGCUCUGUAGAACCAUAGAAGACGCUGAGUAUUUCACCUGUCGACAUAACUCUUGUAUUUCACCUGGUCUGUAUCUUCAAGGUUUUUGUUUUGAUGUGACCGACUUGGGACAACCGUUUUACAUUUUGUGUCUUUUACAUUAUAUGUGCCUUGUAACUUUAUGGGAGGAGAAGCCUCUUCCUCUGAACCUGCAAGGUGCAUUAUUGGAGGGGUGGGAACACAAGUGCCCCCAUAGCCGAGUUUGUUUUGUCUCUGAUUUAAUACGUCUGAAUAUAAUCAUUUUUAUGGUGUUGUUAGGGUUUGAAUUGAAUUGCUACUUGUAAUUAUUUGAGCAACAGUAUAUGGAUGAGUAGCUUGUGCAGUUUGAAGAGUGAACAAAGAGAGGUGAAGCAGACGGGUGGUGCUACUGUGACCACACAGGAAGGAUGCUCCAACGACGUGUCCCCUUGUGGGUUUGUGGGAGUAGACUGGUUCAUUCCUCUGCAGCGUUCGCUCUACUUCUGUGAACCAUCUGAGCCGGUUUAGUAGAUGUGACGGAGCGCUGGCGCCGCCCAGGUGCUGUCGCUGCUCCGUUACCCGCUGCCGCCUACAGUGCUCUUCAUCACUUUCAAAAAAGUGUUGACCCCAUUUAUCAGCUAGACACACCAGCACGGGGAAAUGGGGGCCAUGUUGAAGAAUACCAAAGUUCCCCUUAAGUGAAAUGUGUCUUAAUCACACACACAAUCUCACACAACAAUGAGACACAACAAGUCAACACCACUGGAGCCUCUACUAGUGGUGAGAGGUAUGACUGAUAGGUUUUCCUCCAAGCACCGCAGACAAAGUGAGGAGGGGGAUGAAGAGGUGGGGGGAUAGAGGAACGUGGAAAAAAUAAUCUUAUUCUAAUUACUGUGAUGGACUGACCUUCUUCUGGGACUGCUGUCUGUCAACGCUGACGACUGACUUCAAAGACUUUCCUGAGAGCACUAAGGGGAUGAAGAGGAGAAGGAAGAUGAAACACUGGAGCAAGUGAAUAUUUGACUGGAUUCCAUCACUUACCUUUCCGCUCACCUGUUGAACAAAAAGCACACGUCAAUAUGCAACAAGCUAAAUUAUUUUACAUGUAACAUUUGUACAUGACAUUAGAGUUUUAUUAACGGGCAAAUGUUCCCAGGCUUUUUAGAUACUUUUUUGUAAAACCCUCUGGAACUGGAGACCAAAAACCCACCUAUUUUCUGAAUAACCCUGUAUACUGGGGAAAGAUGCAGUUCCAAGAGCUUUUUUAAUUUUUUAUUGUUAAAACAUGAUUUGGUACAUGUAGGGUGCUGCUGUCAGUAGACCGGGAACCGUCUCCUUAUUGCUGUUUGUCCCUGCUGCUCAUGAGCACGAUGCCCGGUGGGCCAGCGGGCGGAUGAACACCAAGGACGAGAGAAGUGAGAGCAGAAGGUGGUGAGCGGCCACUGAGGUCCCCCUGGCUCUCAUGUGACUACUGUUUAGAAGAAGCUACUAGAGUGACUUGGUAGAAACUGAAGUUGAAGCUUUCUGCUAAUAAAGAUUUACAAACUUGAACUGAU